AUGCUUGGGAAGCUGUUCAACCUCGGCACUGGCUCCGGGACUGGGGCCCAGCCCUCACCCCAGCCCUCGUCACAGAGGCCAUUCCCGCUUGAGUCGGUUCAAGAAGAUAUUCACACGCGACAUCUGCUCUUCCCGGAUCCCCAGGAUCUGUAUGAGCACCGCGUCAGCCAGUUGUAUCCUCUAUCGAGUGGUGCCACGACCCCGACCGGAUCGACGACGAACGCCUACGACUACAAUGCCGACAUCGAGCUUGACGUGCGCGAUGUCCGUCUCAUCAUCAUGCAGGACGCCUUGAGCUCCGUCGCAGCCUCUCUCCUCCGCGCCGGACUCCUGCUUCCCCCUCGGAAACCCAGCGUCAGCUAUUCGCAGCGUCCCAUCAUAAUCCAACCCGGCAGCCCCAAGAUUCGGCAGGGCGCCUUCGACAGGAGGCCUUCGGUCCACAGCCGUAACCAGGCCUUUGUGGAAAGCGAAUCCCAGCGCGCAUGGCGCGAAUACCGCGAGGAGCUGGCUACGUUUUCCAGCUGCAUCUUUGGCAAUUCAGAGCUCAUGGCAUACAAGGGAACGUCGACCAAAGUCCAUGUUGUGCCCUCGGAUGUUCGCCCGAGCGAAUCGGGUCCCAUGUUUGGGGACGGCCGCGGCUCGUUGGGGAGAUCUACUAUGCGGGCGAGCCGGCUUUCACAAUCCUUCUCUUCUGAAAAUCCCCCGCCGUUUCCCGCACCUCCCGCGCCCGGAGGACCAAGCCGGAACCAGGACAGGAAGAAAGUCCUCAUAACGAGAUUGUUCCCUGUCAAUCUUCCCAUCGAAGAAGACGUGCCAUCGUUCCAAGGCGGCUUUUCCGAGGAAGCAUCAGGCUAUCCUUUCCCGCAGAGUGGCGAAGACAUGAAAGCUAAGAAAAAGCGGUUUCAGCCGAGGCAGAAAAGGACGCCCAUGUACGCGGUAGCCCUCAUCAUUACUCUGCCUCCAUCUUCGCAUUCCGUCCCGGCAACAUUACGCUCCGGUUUCAAAGGGCCCAGCUCCUAUGCCGAACAAGACUCCUUUCCGUCGUCUUUUAGCUCCACCCGGCGCUCCGGUUGGACACUGGUCGGCCAGGGAGGAUUUGGCGGAUCUGAGUCCCUAGAGUCGAGCUAUGGCAACGACAUGGAGGAUCAGAUCGAUGCUAUUACCCAACACUGGGAUAUCAUUAUGCGGACUUUGAGUCAUCUACAAACCGUGGUUGCCAACACCUUGUUUACCAUGCUCAGGCAAAUUGAUCUAGCGUCUCCUGAUCCGCUUCCUGCCCUGUCUCUCCAGCUGGCCAGGGCCGCCUCGGCACCUGGUCGGCGCAGCGAGGAUGGACAACCAGUCAAGAUGCCUAAGACAAACGCGAAACACAUUACGCUGCUUCCCAACUGUCUACUCGACAACCGGAAGAUUAGCAUUGAGAUUGAUGCCGCGAAGACCCGGAUCGUUGCCGGCAUUCGUGCCUCGCGGGUGACAACUGGCCAGAACCGGUGGCCGAUCUGGCGUGAGGAGGCUCGCUGGAUGGCGAAGUGGGCUGGCGGAAAGGAGCAAGGUUUCUUCUUCUUCAAUCUGCUUACAGGCUUCCUCGCAACCCACACUGACUGGCUCCAAGCACUGAGCCCGCCAGCAUACCGUCGGCGUCAUCUCCUUCAGCAGCAUAAAGGCCGGUCAGAAGAAGACACUCUCGUACCGUCCCGAACGGUGAUCUUGAGCGACGAUAAGAUCGCCGCGCGGCGGUUGGUCUUUCUGCUGUCAGCGUUCCUGCCAGCAUCCCAGCAGCUACCCGGAAUCAAAGCACAUAGACCGAGCACCCCGGCAUCCUUUGGCGCCCUUUCCCAGUCGCCUCCAUCUUUUGUUGUCCCCAUCCUCAAGGAGGAGUCGCUACGCAGGAAAAUAAACCGCCGGACAGGCACGCGCAUGCCGUCACAUUCUCGCAAUUUGAGCUUGCAGACGCACAACGUCCGCCCAGGAGCCGUCCCCCCUCCCCUAGCGCACCUAAGCAUGGAAGGCAGGCAUGAAAGGCGAGCUUCCGAUGCUGCUUCGAUUCGGACCACCCAUUUGCCGAUUCGCGGGAGCGACCUACAUACGAGAAAGAGCAGCGCCGCCACCACUGCGACCAUCCUGCCCGAAACUAGUAUCCCGCACUUCUCUACCGCUCAUCGAGCCGAGCUCUUCGCCCAGGGUCGCCCCAGCAGCAGCAACAGCAUCGCUGCAGAUGAUUUGAAGCGGCUCACCAGAGAUGACAGCCCAGGGUCUCAGGGCUCGACAGCCGGUGAACGCAGGCAGAGUUCAAGGUGGAGUGUUAUCAGCACCCUCUGGAGUGCCAGGAGGAGAGAUUCGACGAGCAGGUCCCCCGUGCCCAGCGACGGGCAAAACGGAACCUCUACGUCGCCAGACAAGCCACGGAAGGCUUUGAUCGCAGCAUCCCCUAACACGGCGCCACCGGAACUAGGGGUGGUAGGCCCCACAGGCAGCCCAGUUGGUGAUGCCCGCGACGACGAGACUGUUGGGCCCAGAGAUCCCACACCACCACCGCGUCCGUCCCCCGACGCCCCGGCCCCCUGCGGGCCAGCAGCAGUGGCGCAAAAAGUGCAGAGGACCCCGGACCCGUCCAGUGCUUAUGAGUCCCCAGUGAAGACGUCGAUUAAUAUCGAUGACGGAGUCAUUGACGUUGAUGUCCCGUUGCCAGACUUUAUUACCUCGUUCGAGAGCGCUGUAAGCUCGCCGUCAAGCAGUGGCUAUCUCUCCGCCUCUGGGUUCGGUACGGGUCUCGACGCUUUCGAGCAAUCUUUCCGCUUUGCUGCCGACGGAGAUGUCCCGCUCAACGUUGCCGGCUGGCUGCAACACUACCACCCAGACUUCGUGCUCCAGGCUCUCCCAGCGGCUAAGCACGACAUCUUCGAAGAAAUCAAGGAAUCGAUGCGCGCCGAGCCAACUCCUCCACGCCCGUUGUCGUCAUCUUCGCCCGAGGACAUCCCUACUGAAAAAUGGAUCGAUGUCACAUCGACCAUCGUCGCCGACACAACCACGUUCACCAUCACACGCAUACGUUACCGGCGCCUAAUCAGGCUGAGCCCGCACACGCAGCAUACGCAGCAGCAGUCGAACAACGCUGCAACGGUACCGACCCCACUCACGACCUCAACUACGGCGUCGUCGAAUCCGCCGCCGUCGGUAUUUGACGUCCAGCUCAAAGAAGAAUUCAUUGUAGAGCCCAUCGUAGCCUUUGACGAUGUGCUUAUUGAGGCUGUGGAGCGCGUUGUUGCGUCUGCGGGAACAAGCACCGAGACGACUGUGAGCAAAGUUAGCUCGACAAGCUCGUCUAGGUCGACCAGCAAGCGACGGGAGAGGGAGCGAGAGACGGGGAGGAGAGAUAGUGUUUCGGCUAGCUCAGUGACAGUGUCCGUGUCCGCGGAUUCAAGGUGUGCCGGUCCUUCGUCGACGACACAAGGGCUUCUGCCGGUUUUGGGGACCGGGGGUUCGACCACCCCGCAGGAGGUGCCGCGGUCGCAGUGCAAGACUGUGUUGCUGGGGGCGUUGGAGGAUAUUAUUCAGGACGUUAUUGGAGAGAGAGAGCAGGAGUUGGAAGCGGGCGUUGGGAAUAGGGAGAGGGAAAGCCCCCUGCGCGAGGCGGUCAGGGGCUGGAUAGAGAACGUGGAGUCCGGGGCUGGUGGCGAUUGA